UUUCGUUAAAAUAGAUAGCCAAAUUUUGACUGGUGUGUUUCCGACGGCUUCAAUGGAACGGUUAGAGGAAGAAACAGUUUUUGAAUACACCCAAAGAUCUUUUUUUUCCCGUUUUCAUUUUGCUCAACGAAAAGGAAAGAUGUUUAUUAAUAGCCUGUACACAGAUGGGUACAAUUGUAGGAUUUCUUUUUGCCGAAAGAGAUACGCAGAAUCUCCUGUGAAUGAAACUGCAUUUGGAGCUGCAAGAUUUCAAUAGUGAAGAAAUAGAUCGUUAUUUUAGACCUUGCACAGUAGAUCCGCCAACAGGAAAGAUGCUUUUGUGUCAUUUCAUGGUAACACAGAUGUUAGGCGGCUAUCAUCUGCUGAAUAUUACAACAUGAAUGGAAGUACCAAACGUCUGAAGUUGGAGCAAGACAGGAAGAAAGAACAAGGUGUGCAAACAAUCGAGACAAAUAUACCUUCUGUGAAGUCAGAAAUUACAGAUAAAUAUAUAACGCAUGUGAAAUACAUGAUGCAACAUCAGGACACACUAUUUAAUUUUUACAAUCUUCAAACAGCAAGAGUCAAAUGGUGUAACUACAUCGGAAAACAGCAUGCCCUCCAGGAUGCUGUAAAUAUCCUAAUUAACGGAUCAAAGAAGUGCAAUAAAUCUGUGGGAUUUGUACUUUCAUCCAUUUUGUUCUUGUAACACCC